GAGACAACCUGCAUGAUGGAAUGGACUGUUUCAUUUGCCUUACUCCUUGUGGUCCUAAUUUCUUACUAUCUGCUCCUAUCAUCUAAGAGGAAACGGUUGCACAAGAGGAAGCUUCCUCCGGGACCCACUCCCCUGCCCCUGAUUGGGAAUUUCCUGCAGAUCAAGUCAGGAGAAACCUUAAAAUCUCUUCUCAAGAUUCGUGACAAAUAUGGCCCUGUUUUCACCGUCUAUUUUGGAUCACGUCCAGUUCUGGUCUUAUGUGGACAUGAUGCUGUGAAGGAAGCUCUGAUAGACAAGGCAGAAGAGUUUAGUGGAAGGAUUACCACGCCUACACUUGAGCGGACCUUCCAACAAUAUGGGUUGGUCUUUUCCAAUGGAGAACGAUGGAAGCAACUGCGCCGCUUCUCUCUCACCACUUUAAAACAUUUUGGAAUGGGAAAAAAAUCUAUUGAGGAACAAAUCCAAGAGGAGGCCCAAUUUCUGCUGGAGGAAUUGCAGAAGACUAAGGAAAAGCCCUUUGAACCCAGCUCCCUCCUCAGCCGUACAGUCUCCAACAUCAUUUGCUCCAUUGUUUUUGGGAACCGCUUUGACUAUGAGGACAAGGAAUUCCAGGCUCUCAUGGAGAUGAUGCACAAUGCUUUCCAGGAAAUGAGCUCUACCUGGGCCCAGCUUUAUGACAUAUAUGUCAGCUUCCUGAAGUACUUUCCAGUCCCCCUCAACAAACUAGAUGACUUGAUGGAAGAACUGAGGCUCUUCAUUGCCAGGAGAGUGAAGAAGAACCAAGAGACCCUUGAUUCUAACUCACCACGCGACUUUAUCGAUUGCUUUCUCAUCCAGAUAGAAAAGGAAAAAGGGAAUCCAGACAGUGGAUUUGAUAUCAAGAACUUGGAGAUGUCCACCCUUUGUCUGUUCUUUGGGGGAACAGAGACAGUCAGUUCCACCUUGAGAUAUGGCUUCCUGCUUCUGAUGAAAUAUCCUAAGGUGCAAGCAAAAGUGCACGAUGAAAUUGACCGAGUGAUUGGCCAUAAUCGUAUCCCAAACAUUGAAGACCGGAACCAGAUGCCGUAUACAGAUGCUGUGAUCCAUGAGAUACAAAGAUUUAGCGAUCUCUUACCUAUGGGUGUGGCCCACAUGGUUACUUGUGACACUGAAUUCAGAGGAUACUUCAUCCCUAAGGGGAUGAUAGUCUACCCGGUGCUGAGCAGUGUCUUGCAUGACCCCACAAUGUUUAAAAACCCCAAUGUUUUCAACCCUGAGAACUUUUUGGAUGACAAUGGAUGCUUCCAGAAGAAUGAUGCCUUUGUGCCUUUCUCCUCAGGGAAACGAAUCUGUCUGGGUGAAUCAUUGGCCCGCAUGGAGCUUUUCAUUUUCUUCACCACUGUACUACAGAGUUUCUAUCUGAAGUCCCUUGUGCCCCCCGAGGACAUUGACAUCACUCCUCAGGAGUGUGGUUUUGCCACCAUUGCACCUUCGUACCAGCUCUCCAUCAUCCCACAUAAGCCCUUAGACCUCAUCUUCCCCCUCAGCCAAGAUAUAACCAAUGCCAUUUUCUCCAUUAGCAAUAGCAAAGUGGGGCAGAUAAACACAUUCUGCAAAGCAGGGAGAGAAGAGGAAUCAACCCAAAUUAUGGAGCUGUCUGGUGCCAUCAGCCUCUUCCUUGUCAUCUAUGCCUUUGUUCUUGUUAUCCUAACAGUCAUGCGGGACCUCUCACGGAGGAAGACGCUCCCCCCUGGUCCAACUCCUUUGCCUUUCCUUGGGAAUAUCAUGCAGAUCAAGUCAACAGAACUUUUAAAAUCCCUUCUCAAGCUGCAUGAAAAAUAUGGCCCUGUGUUCACUGUCCAUUUUGGACCUCGUCCUGUUGUGGUCUUAUGUGGACACAAAGCUGUGAAGGAGGCCUUGGUAGACAAAGCAGAUGAAUUCAGCGGAAGGGUUACCAAUGCUACUCUAGAUGAAACCUUCCAAGGAUAUGGGGUGAUCUUUUCCAAUGGUGAACGCUGGAAACAAUUGCGCCGGUUUUCUCUUACUAUCAUGAGGAAUUUUGGAAUGGGGAAAAAAACCAUUGAAGAGCGGAUUAAAGACGAAUCCCAGUUUCUGCUGGAAGAAUUUAGAAAAACAAAUGGGAAGGCCUUCAACCCCACCUUCUUCCUCAGCCGUGCUGUCUCCAACGUUGUCAGCACCAUCCUCUUUGGUAGCCGCUUUGACUAUGAAGAUAAACUUUUCCAGAACCUCAUGCAGACAUCGAACGAUGUCUUCCGCUUAGUGAGCACUCCUUCUGGCCAGAGGUAUGAUGUCUAUUACAGUUUCUUGAAGUAUUUUCGAGGAACCCAGACCAAAGUCACUGACCUUCUAAAAGAGGUUAAAGGUGUCAUCACAGAACUAGUGAAGAUGAACCAGGAGACGCUUGAUCUCAACAACCCGCGGAAUUAUAUUGAUUGUUUCCUCAUCCAGAUGGAAAAGGAAAAAGACAAUCCAGACAGCGAAUUUACCAUCAGAAACUUGGAGCUCAGCGUCCUUAUUCUUCUUUUUGCUGGGACAGAGACAGUCAGCAGCACCCUGAGAUAUGCAUUUCUGUUUCUGAUGAAAUAUCCUGAAGUGCAAGCAAAAAUGCAUGAGGAAAUCGACCGAGUGAUUGGCCGGGACCGUCCCCCAAACAUUGGAGAUCGGACCCAGUUGUCAUAUGUGGAUGCUGUUGUCCAUGAAGUGCAGAGGUUCAGUGACCUCAUCCCCCUGGAUCUGCCCCACAUGGUUAUGCGUGACACGGAAUUCAGAGGCUACAUGAUUCCCAAGGGGACAGAAGUCUACCCACUCCUCAACACAGUCCUGCGUGAUCCCACCAUGUUUAAAACCCCAUAUGCAUUUAACCCAGAGCAUUUCCUGGAUGAGAACGGGCGCUUCAAGAAGAGUGAUGCUUUUGUGCCAUUCUCUUCAGGGAAGCGGGUCUGUCUGGGCGAAACCUUGGCCCGCAUGGAGCUUUUCAUCUUUUUGACCACCAUCCUGCAGAAAUUUGAGCUGAAGCCCCUCAUGGCCCCCAAGGACAUUGACCUGACUGCCCAUGAGGUUGGAUUUGGCAGAAUCCCACCUUACUACCAACUCUGCAUGGUCUCACGCUGACCUGAAGAUCCCACCUAUAGUAUUCUUUGCACUUGCUUUAUGUCUGACCUUUGCAUGGGGAAGGCAAAGCUCUUUUUCUCUUUCCUGACUCUUAUGUGGCAAAUUUUAAUGAUGGCUACAAGAUAUAGUUUUCACCUGAUUAUGGCAUCUUGAACUGGCAUGCGGUUGUAAUCCCAGGCAUAGAGAAGAAACUUUUGAUCUACUGCAUCUUAUUCUGUACCAGCAUUUUGGUGCCUCUUGACUUUUUUCUCUCUUUCCAUUUGUGUGUAUAUACAGUGGUACCUUGACUUAAGAGUUUAAUUCGUUCUGUGACCGAGCUCUUAACUCCAAAUGCUCUUAUCUCAAAGUGAAUUUUCUCACUGAAAUGUUUUAAAUUCAUUCCAGGGGCCCGAAACCCACCCACCCCUCUGUUUCUUUGUUGUGUGUAUUAAAAUAAGAAAAUGUACUUUAUAAAUAAUAAAUAAUAUAUCAAUGCACAUUCACGUGGAACAAUACAAAAAAGAAA